ACUGAGCACGCGCACGAAUCAGCUGAUCGCUCGCGAGUGAGCUUUUGACGUUUGCGUCGGCGACGUCUCUCAUUUCAAAACGAAAGGGUUCGAGAUCGUUUUGACAACCGCAAUAAGAACAGAAGAAGGAGAAGAAGAGUCUGGUCGCUGCAGCUGAAAGUCGUCAGGAAGUCCAAUAAAUCGGAAGUUCGCAGACCAAAGACAGGCUGACAUGGCCCCAACACUGUAUGAUGAAAAGCCAGAGCCUGGAGAUUUAAUCGAGAUCUUUCGUGGCUCUUACCAGCACUGGGCUGUGUACAUUGGCGAUGGCUUCGUUGUUCACUUGGCACCACCCUCUGAGGUCCCGGAUGCCGGCUCCAGCAGCGUGAUGUCUGUCAUAACCGAGAAGGCGUUGGUGAAGAAAGAUGGGCUGUGGGACGUGGUGGGAACUGAUGAGUGGAAAAUCAGCAACAGUCUGGACAAGAAGUACGAGCCGCACUCGCCUGGUGUCAUUGUGAGGGAGGCCCGCAUGCUGGUGGGCCAGGUGCUGCCGUACUGCGUCGUCAGGAGAAACUGCGAGCAUUUUGUCAAUGAGCUGCGCUACGGCAAGGCGGAGUCCCGGCAG